AGUGCAGGUCAAGGACGAAUGACGAGCUGGGCGGCCGAGGCUGCACGUCUCAUCUCAUCCUAGUCCGCAGCGGGAACGCAGCGGGAGAUUGUGUCAAAUCUCUCUAAGGAGUAGUGGAUCGAUUUCAGAAUCCAGGCACCUCGAUCGAAUUCAGGAUCCGUAGUCACGACGAGAGAACGAUUCAUUGCUUCCGAGUGCAAAGCUAGAUCGGUUGGGAACAUCCAUCUGCUGUGCUGGAUAUGAAUUGACUAUGAUCACUAUCGCGUGAGUAAUGGCGCUGCGUGCAGCAGAAACGUAGACCCGAGUUGGGAUCCGGUGACUGAUCGAAGAGAAAAGACGAAUGAUCGAAUUGUAGGCAAGCGUCGCCUCUUGAACAUCGAGGCGUUUGUGUGAAGGGCAGAAACUCGAAUCUCACUCGCUCGCUUCCUGCAGGGGAGAUGAUGGUGGGAUUGACAGGGCGGUUUGAGUUCGUAUGGCUAGUGCUCGGGGGCAUGGCGCACGUCUAUUACGUGGUGCUGAGAUUACCCAAAGGGUGGCCCCGGCUGCUGGCUCUGAUGCCGCUGCUCCCAUUCUACGUCGUGGUUCCGUGGAGGGCGCCGACUCAACUUGAGCGCGCCGUCCAGAGCUUCUUCUUCCUGUGGCUGGGCGCCUUCAAGCUCGUCCUGCUGGCCUACGGCAUGGGGCCAGCCCUCGACCCCUGGACCAUGUCCUCGUUCCCUCGCUUCCUCACUGGCAUGAGCUUCUCCCUGCACGUGCACUCGAAUGCUGCAUCCGCAUCGCCAUCGCAUGCCAGCAUCAUCAAAAACUCUGCUGAGGACGAUGGCGAAAUCCGUCGUAGCAGUCAGGCGAGCUCGCAGGCCAAAGGUGGGUACAGGAAUGGUCUUGUCUCGAGAAAAUCUGGAGCUCGGGGGAACGGGAGUGGGGAGGAGGAGAUCGACGAGCGAAGGAGGAACGGCGGAGGUGAUGUAUCGAAGGCGAAGGAGAGAAUGCCGAUUUGGCUGCAUGAUUUGGUGAAUUCUCGGGACUGGAGGCUGGUGCUGCUUCGGUGUUUAUUCUAUUUUGUGACGAUAGGAUUCUGGCUCCAGAUUUACUCGGGGCAAGCGCAGAUCCCCAAGCAUAUUCUGUACUCGAGUUACACCGUGCUUCUGUAUUUCGGGGUCCUCUUUGCUUUCGAGCUUCCUGCUGUGGUGGCUGCCUCGGUUUUUGGCGUGCAGCUGCCUGCCCAAUUCAAUAUGCCUUUCCUGGCCACUUCACUGGCUGAUUUUUGGGGCAGAAGAUGGAACUUGCUCGUGAACAAUCUGUUGAGGGUUUCGAUCUACAACCCCAUUCUUUUGGGAUUCGGUGGAGGACUGUCGGGAAAGAGGUCCUCACAGAAGGAGAGAGCCAUUGCCACUCUCGCUGCAUUCACGGUCUCUGGCAUCAUGCACGAAAUUAUUCUCUUCUACAUGAGUGCGAGAGACCCAACUUUUGAAAUUAGCAUGUUUUUCAUUCUCAAUGGAGUUGCUACUGUCUUCGAAGGGUGGUGCAAACACAAGUUCUCAAACCCACCGGAACUUGUCAGAAGAGUCAUCACUUUGAGCUUUCUGUCUGUGACGAGCGUAUGGCUUUUCUACCCACCGCUCGUCAGAGAUGAUAGUGACAAACAAAAUAUAGAGGACUUGAAUAAAUUCGUAUUCUGGGUGAGGAAUGGCGUUGUUGAUACGUUGAGACGGCCCUUUUCUCGUCUGUAUUAAAGCGUUUUAAAACAUUCAAAAGUCGAAUAAUUUCUGAGCCG